UAAGAAGGAAGCACAGAGCAUCACAUCACAAGAGAAAAAAAGCGAAAACAGAAAGAGGUAGUUAAGUAAAGGUUUGUGGUUAAUAAGUAACAGGCCACAACAGUCACCCCCGCCCUGCAAAGCCUUCUGGGAAAUGUUCUUGGCAAGCUGUGUGUGUGUGUGUGUGUGUGUGUGUGUGUGUGUGUGUGUGUGUGUGUGUGUGUGUGCAGGAAGAUAACGCUAGAAUAAAGAACAGGAAGAGAAGAUAGAGCAGCGCCAUCUCUGACACACUCUCUGGAUCUCCAGCUUGUCUCGAGUUCCUCUUCUGUCCAUAACCGCCGGCCCCUCUCAUGGGCAAAGUGAAGGGCAAGUCUGGGCCCCUGGCUCGGAGGCCGGACAACUCUGCUUUCAAACAGCAGAGGCUGCCUGCCUGGUCCCCCAUGCUAACUGCGAACACUGUGCUGCCCUUCUUCUACUUUAUGGCUCUGCUGUGCAUGCUGCUGGGAGUAUGGCUGCUGCUUACGGUGCAGAGCACACAGGAAAAAAAGCUGGACUACACAAAGUCCGGGACAUGUGAUACAUGUUUUAAACUGCGUAAAAAUGUGAGCAACGCAGCACAAACCUGCAGCUGCAAGGUGGAGUUUGAAAUUAAAAAGGCAUUCAAGGGAGACGUCUUUUUCUACUAUGGCCUCCAGAACUUCCAUCAGAACCUCCGCAGAUACAUGGACUCCAGAGAUGAUGGACAGAUGGUUGGAAGGAAGACGAACUUAAAGAACCCAAGUACAUACUGCAAGCCGUUCAUAAACGGCCUAAACAGACUCCCCAUUGCCCCCUGUGGUGCUGUGGCCAACAGCAUCUUCAACGACUCCUUUACUCUGAGCUACCGAGACUCCAGGGGUGUUGUGUUUCCGGUCCCUCUGAUACGGACAGGCCUCACCUGGUACACGGACAAAAACAUCAAGUACCGCAACCCCAAGGACGGCAACAUGACACUCGCUCAAGUGUUCGAAGGCACAGCGCAGCCUCUGUACUGGCAGAAGCCUGUGUACGAGCUUGACAACCAUGACUCGAUCAACAACGGCUUCAUCAAUGACGACCUGAUCGUGUGGAUGAGGGAGGCGGCCUUCCCCAACUUCAAGAAGCUCUACGGGGUUUUAUACCGAGCCACAAAGCCCUUUACUACGGGUCUGCCUGCAGGGAAUUACAGCAUCAACAUAUCCUACAACUUCCCCGUGCAGUACUUCCGGGGAAGAAAGGAAGUGGUGCUGACCACGCUGACCUGGUUCGGAGGUCAGAACCAUUUCCUGCCGGUCGCUUACCUCAUAACCAGCUGCCUGAUCCUACUGAUAGCCGUCGUCCUCACGGUGGCGUGGUGCAAGUUUGGGAAGAACGGGAGGAACAUGGAGGAAUGAAGGGUAAGGGGUGCACUGGGAUGCCGAGGAGUGGAAGAACUCGCGAGUGGCUGAAAAGUGUCGUGCUGUAGGAGUUGUUUUUAGAGACAACAAAUCGGAAAUGACAAGAACUUUGAUGCAUGUGAUGGUUUGACAAAACAAUGAGGAAUUAUGUUUGACAUCUGGAAAACUACUUUCCCAGCUAUAUGAACAUAUCAGGGCUUUUAUUGUGAUGUUUCCUUAUGUAUUGAUUUUACUUGAACUUUUGAUUCUUUUUUUUUUUUUUUUUUUUUUUUAAAUGCACUGUCAAUAUUUAACAUAAUAUAUUUUUUACAAUUAUUACAUUAACAAUUUACUAUCAUUCACUGAGGUGUUAAAAGUUCUAAUUUGUCUCAGAAAAUGCAAAGUAAAGAAACCUACACUUUGAUAACAUAAUACAGAAACCCUGUAAUGCUCAUUUGUAAUUUUGUGGAAGUUUUUAUAAUUACAGCACAAUGAAGGUUAGCCGGCGCAAAUGCUAAAGAUUGUAAUAAAGCAUUUUUCUUUUAAAACUCUUUAUGUACAGUCAGUGAGAGCCACAUAAACACAAUCCCUCUGUGACCAGGGAGCACCAAACCAUAUGUAGAUGGCCCUGCUUAUUGAGCAUAAUCAAAGCAUGAUUGGUGGCACAGCUGUGUGAAUAUCACCUCCCACCCCUCCGCCUGGUGAGGUUGCUAUUCUGUAAAGUUAUAAAGCAGCUUGUUCCAUUUUUUUUUUUUUUUUUCCUCCAUCUGCACUCCUGCCACAGAGUGUUUGGUCAGAUUAGUACCACAGGUGGAGAGGAAUGCAGUCCAACUGGUGCUACAGACGACUCAACACAUCCUACAAUACAACUAUCAGCCGCAUCGAAACCGGCUGACCACACAUACAGAUGAUGCACAUAGAUACAAGGAAAGAACACCCACUUCAACACAAGACGAUCACCACGAUGCACAAAUAAAAUCUAAAAGUUCAGGACAAACACACAGGAAACUAUCAGCUGUAAGAGAUUAACCUAACUCUUCUCUGUACCUUUUCUUUCAUCUAACUAGGCCUUUAAAAACGUUUUUCACACAUUAAGACUGCUUUAUCGUUGGUUUGGCUAAACUUGCGCUUAUUGGCACAAUCGUAACAGGUGGUUCUGUUGAGAAUAACAUUGCAUAUACACAGAAAAAGGCAACAUUUGGUCUUUCAUAUGACAAAGAGUAGCUUCACUUUGUGAACCUCAUUGGAUUAAUCUUCCCGAUUAGCCUUUUCAAGUUAACAUACAACAUCUGACAAGGUUAAUUUAAGAAUUAAAACCUACUCAGUAACCACAAUUCUUGGACGUCUAAUCAGUGACGGGCUAUUUUUUAACAAAGUUUCUCAUCAGCAGGAUGUGAAAUAAAAAAUAAAUAUCAGUAAAUCAUCUGAGAGUUUAAACAGGUUUUGCAGUAAUGGGAUUACUAGAACUAUACACAAUUUCAAGUCAUGCUUUUUAAACAAAAGACGUACCGUGGAAAACUAGGAGGAAUUCUUUCACCGUGGAUGUGGGACACUUAAUGCAACAUGCAGUUCAUUCACUAAGAGGACCCUUUAGAUUUGAUGAAUGUUACUCAUCAGGUACAUUAAGUUCAGCAUGUAACAGAAGAACAAUGGAAAUCACAGUUUCACAGAAUGCAACUACUACGAUCACAGAACAGGGACAAAGUCUUUAACAGUAGUCGGCUUUCUCCUUUUCAUCCACGCCCCUCCCCCAUCGACGCCGCUCACACCUGGCACAAACACAUUCAUCUUUGUGGUUUCAGUGAUAGGACUGUAAUGGCACUACACGAGCAGAAUGUGGCCAUGCAGAAACAUUUAGGCAAUACAGACAUCUCCAGAUGAAUCUGAAGCUAAGGUAGUGUUCAUUCAAGACUCGAGCCCAGGCUCCAGGGCUCACAGGUUCACUUCUCCGCUAACAACCCUCUAUCUCUGUCUGUUGGGUUGGCAGUGAGGUCGGAGGGGGGCCAGAUUAAGGCCAUGUGCAUCCAGACUCUUCAGCUCUUUCCUGUUGGCUUCUGAGUGCUACUCUGAGGUACCUGAUAGGUCAGAUCCUCGGUGGGCGUGACCUGUCCAGUGGCAUUUUUGGGCGUGUCGUAAGCCGACCGCCCCGAGUGGCCGCCGUCUGUCCGUGCACCCAUGAAACCACACACUGCGGGGGGCUGGUUGAG